UUACAUUGAAAAUAUCUACAACUUCUUAAAUAAGAGCCGUGAAUCCUGUGACGCACACCCAAGGAACAACAUCACAAUUAAACCUAACUAGAUAGAUGAGUCCCGUACAAAUCCUUUCCUCCACCACAGUCCAUGCACCAAAUCACCCAAAUCACCACACACUCGAUCUAACUCCAUGGGAUCUUCAAUUCCUCCCAUUUGAAUACAAUCAAUUGGGUUAUCUUUAUCACCACCCUAAAAACUUAGAUACAUCUAAUCAAAUCCAGCACCUCAAAAACUCGCUUUCCUCUACCCUUGAUUUUCUCCAUCCCCUCACAGGUCGUCUCAACAUCACACAUUAUGAACACAACACUAUCUCCUGCUCUAUCAACUGCAACAACCAAGGUGCACUGUUUGUCCAUGCUAUGGCAAAAAAUAUUAGAGUUGCUGAUGUUUUUGAAACCACUAUCCCUCCUGUUCAUCACUCGUUUUACGCACAGAGCCAAUUUAAAAACUACCACGGGACAUCGCAACCGUUACUUGCCGUUCAAGUUACGGAGUUGGUGGACGGUAUCUUCAUUGGAUGCACAAUUAACCAUGUAUCCGGUGAUGGUAAUUUGUUUGCGUAUUUUAUUAAUUCCUGGGCGAGAUUCUCGAAAGGUUGUUGUGUUAAAAUGUCCACAGACACACUUCCGAUAUUUGAUCGAUGGUUUCCGAAAGGUAUUGAAUAUCCCAUUCGAUUUCCUUUUACUAUAGAUGCGCAAAGUAAUCCUCCGGAAAGAAUAUUGAACCCUCCGGAGAGAAUAUUUCGUUUCACAAAAGAGAAUAUUGCGAAACUAAAAUUCAAAGCUAACUUAGAGGCAGGUGUUAAACCGAGAUUGAUUCCUCCGUUGCCGGAGAAUUAUUAUGGCGUUGCUGUGAUAGACCGCGUGGUUACCAUGAAAGCUGGUGAAUUGUUGGGAGAUCGCGGACUUGGUAAAGGUGCAUUGGAGAUGAAUAAGAUGAUUUCUUUGCACAAUGAUGAGAAGUUGAAAAGUGAGUAUGAGAAUUGGUCAAGAAAACCGAGUUUUACUGUGACCCCUGAUGAUGCAACGAGUGUUAAUUCAUUGGUGAUUGGUAGUUCACCUUGGUUUGAAUUUUAUGAGAGUGAUUUUGGAUGGGGAAAACCCGUGGGGGUGAGAAGUGGAUAUGAAAGUAAAAGAAAUGGAAAGGUUUAUGUGUUUGGAUGUGUAGAAAAAGGUGAUAUGGAGCUUGAAGUGUGUCAACCUUACGAAAUUUUGGAGGCAAUGGGAAAUGAUCCUGAGUUUAUAAUGUCUCAACCUAAUGUUACUUCUAAGUUAUAAUUAAUGCUAGAUCUUUGGUGUUGAAUUUUGAUUUUGUACUUUGUGUAACCCAUGAAUAAAGAACCCUGUUUAAAUGCAUUUCUCAGUUUUGUUUCUAUGCUUUCACCUAGAUUCUGAAUUGGUUCAUUCUGGUUCUUCCUUAGGCAUAUUUCCAAUUGGUGUUCUUGUUGAAAACAGUUAUUUGUGUCACUUGAGAAACUCAGAUCUGAGAGAGAUUCUGAAUUAUGUAUUUAGAAUAUACAAGUGUUUUGUCAUAUAAAUUGUAUCCAAAGUUUUAAAUAGUUGUUCUGAAAAAGCUCUGCUUUUGUGAUA